CCUUUGUUCUGUCUCUCCUCCCAACGCGAGAAUAAAAACAAGAGCUUGUAAAUGAUUCCGGAAAAUCUGCGCUCGCAUUUUUUGUUUUGGAUCGGCGAUCUCUGAUGGACGCGUUGUUACACAGAAAUUAGCAGAAUUUAAUUAGGAGGCGUUAUAAUUUUUUUUUUCCUGAUCGCAACAACCGCAGGGGGACAUCUGUACGGUUUGUUUUUCCUGUCAGCUGCUAAAUGGAAAUAAAACGCGGAACUGAAUGUGGAAGCAGCCGAGGUAAUGAUCUUCCUGUCCGCUAUCUACGCCUCCUUGCCCCGCCCUUGCAGCUUCUGUCAGCUGCAAUGUGGCAAGUUGUGCAGCAGGGACUUGUAGAUCACUACGGGAUGCUGGAGGAGUUUGUUACCAUGGUGACGGAGCUUGUCCCAGAGCUGAUGAGCUACAGUCAGAGGGCUCAGCUCAUCCUGGGACUCAGGGCCAGGCUGGUUCUGGAGAUGUGUCGAGGUGAGGACCCAGCGGACAUGCAGACCAUUCAGCCACAUCUGGACAGAAUUAAAGCUCCUGUCAGCACUGCCAAGGAUCACCACGUAACCAUCAACCAGGUGGAAGAGUCUGAGGUUAACUUUGUGGAGCUGGUGCAUUCAUUACUGGAGGAUCCCUCUGAAAGAAAAUAUUUUUUCCAGGUGAGAAUCAGCACUCACUUCCUUUUCACGGAAGUCUUUCCUGUAUAUUUUGGGCCAAAGUAUGAUGUAGCACUUGAGAUGCUGGUGUGGGAGUUUAUAUCAAGGCUGGACGAGCUGCUGCCAGUUCCAGACUUCACACAGUUGGCAGCUUUGGCCGGAGACGCUCCGUCAUUCCUAGAGGACUGUUUACAAUCCUUUUUCCCACCAGAGGACAUGAAGGUUGUACUUGAACACCACAGAAACCUCGGUCACUUUGAAGAGAAAGAUCCAAGAUUAUUACCAAUGGAUGACUGCAUCCUCUCCUCCCUGUCGCUACCUCCUGGGACCAAAUCUGUCAUGAACACCACCUCCUGCUCACCUGCUCUCAAAGACUCAGCCUCUCCAGAGCACAAAGGACCUCUCGAUGCUCCCAUCGACGCAAGCGACCUGGAGAGGGCAGGCAGCUCUGAAACAAUCAGACAAAGACUCAAGGAGACAAGGGACUCUGGCAGUUGGCAGCUGCAGGUUAGGGGCGGGAACAUUUCUCAGGAGAGGAAAGUGCAAAACUCAAGUAGUACACCAUCAUGUGAUGAAACCAUAGACCUCACUACAGCUAAUGAGACUGCGGACACAGACUCAGCAGCCAGUGGGGACAGCCAAAGCUUGAGAGGAGUGAGGGUUCUCAGGAAGAGGAAGCUGAGCGGAGGUGUAGACAUUCCCACUAAGCAGCCUGCAGAGGCGUCAGCUUUCUUGGAUUCCUCAGUGGAUGAUGAGAAUUCAGGUGAAUCUCCUCUAAUCUCGAUAUGGGGAGAAUAUACAGACUCUCAGGAAAGUUCUUUCCCUGUUGUAACGGACACAAAAGUUCCCUGGUCCGACGAGGAGACACUCAAUCUGCUCGACAUUUGGGGGAAGGACUCGGUGCAGCGGGCUUUAAAGGGCUGCUUAAAAAACCGUCACAUAUUCACGCAAAUCGCACAGAAGAUGGCAGAGAGGGGCUACAUGAGGACAGUGGAGCAGUGCCAGACAAGGAUCAAACGACUAAAGAAAUGCUUCCGCCAGAACAACAAAGGACACUCCAGGCUUGAGUGUAAAUUUUACGAGCAGCUCGAGUGCGUCCUCAGCUCCUCAGCUCCUUCGGCUGUUCCUGAGGUCACCUACGAUGUUGAGGAGGUUGUAGAUGAAGAUGAUGAAGGUGAUGAGGACUUGCAGUUUCUCGGCCAAACAAGCAAUCUGGAAAUUGGAACUAGAAGCGUUCCAUGGACAGACAUGGAGACACUGGCCCUCAUCAAAACGUGGGGUGAAGACAAGAUGCAACAGGAGCUGAGAGGGAUGCACAGAACCGGACACAUUUUUUCCAUCAUAUCCAAAAAGAUGGCCGCCCAGGGCUUCUCCCGAACACCAGAGCAGUGCCAGACGAGGCUGAAAAGGCUGAAAGCAAGCUUCAGGCAGUGCUACCAAAACAACUUGAAAGGACAAGGGCAAGUUGAGUGCAAGUUUUACAAUGAACUGGGAAGAAUUUUAGUGAAGGACUUCCCUUCAGUGCCACAGCUGGAUGAAAUACCUGGAGAGUCUGAAGACAACGACUUUCCUGCCUACUCCCAUCAUGAGACUGAGUCUACUGUGGGCAUUCAAGAAGACAGGAAGAAAGUCCCCUGGUCCGACAAAGAGACAAUCAUCCUUCUGGAGAUCUGGGGAAACCCACAGGUCCAGCAGAGCCUGAGACGCUACCCACACAACGGUCACAUUUUCACUGAAAUAUCAGAGAAACUCAGCGCCAGUGGCUACUCCCGCACUGCAGAUCAAUGUCACACCAGGAUCAAACGGCUCAAAGCUAACUAUCGCCAGUGUCAAGAAAACAUGAGCUCAUCUGGGACUGAUAAAAUCGAUUUUAAAUUCUACGAUCUGCUGGAACAAAUCCUGGACAAGCAGCCGUCAACAUCUUCCACUGUGGUAACUGACUCCAUUGAAAUAUCAGAAGACUCCAAUGCUGAAUCACUGACUGAAACAGAUGGAGAGAUCAGCUUGUCAACAGAAAAACCAGCACCCAGCUCGUGGUCAGAUGAAGAGACCCUAGCGCUCAUUGAUAUUUGGGGCGAAGAAGAUGUUCAGAGGGCGCUGAGGGGUUUUAUCCAUAACGGACACGUUUAUGCCGACAUUUCGGAGAGAAUGCAGGACCUCGGCUACUCCAAAACCUCUGAGCAGUGCCGCUGGAAAGUCAAGUCCCUGAGGAACAACUUUCGACAGUGCUACGACAGAAAGAAAUGCGGAAGAAGAGUAGAUUAUAAAUUCUACGACCAGCUGGAGCAAAUACUGGGACAGGAAGCAGUUUCUAUUGAUGAGUAUGAUGAAAGAGAUGAACAAGCAGACCAGGAUGCAGUAGGUAUAGAUGGUGUGAACACAGUGUGGACGGAGCAGGAGACUGUCGCUCUCAUUGAGGUGUGGGCUUCAGAUGACGUGCAGCACAGCCUGAAAACCUGCGUCCGCAACGGCCACAUAUUCGCUGACAUAUCGGAGAAAAUGGCCGCGAUGGGAUACCUGAGGACAGCGGAGCAGUGCCACUCCCGGAUCAAAAGGUUGAAAAAGACUUACAGGCGUUACUGCAACAGCCAGAGAAGUGGAGGACGACCCGCAAUGUUUCGAUACUUCCAUCGCCUGGCUCCAGUGCUUGGUGACAACUCUUUGUUUGCUGAUGUGGACAGUACUGCUGCUGACGCCACCUCACAACCCUUUAUGGACAAGGAUCCUGACUUGUAUGAGCGGCCCUCGACCAGCCACCUCUUAGCCGACCUGAGCAGAAAGAUGCCCUGGUCAGACCAGGAGACUCGCACCCUGCUGGAGAUCUGGGGUGAAGACAGUGUCCAGCUCACCCUGAAGGGCUGCCUGAAGAACCGACACGUGUUUGAGUACAUCUCCGAGAAGAUGAACGACCAAGGAUUUAUAAGGACCUCGGAGCAGUGCUACACCCGCAUCAAGCGCCUCAAACAUGGCUUCCUCCAUGAAAAGGAGGACUUUAAGUUCUUCGCUGAGAUGGAGAACAUCUUCAGGAAGGAGUUGAAAGUAGACGGCUCAGUCGCUGACACACCAGUCACAGAUGAGCCGGACGACUGUGUACCUGAACUGAGCCAAAAGAAAGCUGCCUCAAGUAACCAGUGGGUGGCUGACAGCACAAAGCUGCCCUGGAGCGACGGGGAGACAGAGGCCCUCCUGGACAUUUGGGGGAGCGAGGAGAUCCAGGAGAACUUGAAGGGCUGCACCAAAAACAAACACAUCUUUAUCCAAAUCUCUCAGGUCAUGUCCAGCCAAGGCUACCUGCGCACUCCGGAACAGUGUCAGACCAGGAUAAAGAGGCUGAGGGCCAAUUUCAGACACUUCCUAGAAGGCAGAAAAGGGGAGAAGCAGGAGUGCAAGUUCUUUGAACAACUGGUGCACAUAUUUGGCAGCAAGUACAUAAUGAACUCUGAUCCACUGACUGACGAUACACCCGAUGUUGUAGAGUCAUGAAACCAUCCAUCGCCGAGACGACACAGCAGAAGCAGAUGGACAAAGAGAAACAAUUAGAGGAAAAAUAACAAGGACAUUAAUGCAGAAACUGUGAUAUUUAAUGCUGUGGUGUGCAGCUGUUUACAGAAGAGAGCCUGUCUGGGCUCACUGGAAUUUACAUCUGCCUCUGUAUAUACUUCAAAUACUUUUACAUUCUUCAGACACAAAGACCUACUUUAGGCUGUAAUGUACUGUGUGUGUGCGUGUGUGUUUGUUUCCCUCAACUAGAGUGUCUAUGUGAUUAUUAACAUUGGAGCCAUGCCACUAAAACCAGGAUGCUCAGGGCUUGAGGGACAAAAAUGACAUUUCUGAUCUUGACCUGGUGAAAGUCACAGAAAAUGCUGUGCUCUCGCAGAAAACAUUUUUUCUAAUAUUUAAAUAUUUUGUACUUAAACAUAAAACAAGUGAAUCAAAGCACAUGCAAAAAGAGAUAUACACACAAGGCCUCUGUCGCUGUAACCACAGCCUACA